AAUACGACGCUCGUACGAUGCGAGCCUGCUCCGUGGGAGAUUCGUAGGAAGUCGAAGGACAGUGCCAGGACACGUUCCGCGCUGGUGAGGCGACGCGACACGAGACCGCCGCGGGUCUCGGGUGUUUCAUCAACUUUUCCCUCCCUUACCCCGCCGGUAGUGUGGAAUACGCGGACAGUGGGUGCUAUUCCGUGCGACGAUUCGACGAAUCGACCGUGAAUCCAAACCAGAGAAACUACGUACCUGAUCAACGACAUGCGACUAUGAAUCCCGGAGCGUGAUGGACAAGCUCGCGUACGCAGCCAACAACUUCCAGCUACGCCUCGCCGGCAUACUCAUGGAUAUGUGGAUAUUCUUCCUGUUCGUUGCCAUCGCCGACGUGGCUGCCUCGGUGGAGGUUCACUUCGAGAACAAGGAUGGGGGAUUUUUCUUGAAGCACAUACCGAGGCAAUACUAUCCUGUCCGAGGGGAUUCUAUCUCGUCGAUAUCUCCAUCGACGGGCACAUUAUCUAACGGGGUUCUGUCUCCACCGCCAGGCUCCGUACUCUCGAGAGACAAAUUCACGGUGUUUCAGACGAGCGAGCCGGUGUCCGUUCGGGCGACCUAUGGGCCAUUUAGCACGAAACAGACCGUACCGGCUCGCUACAUAGUUCCAGAUCCGUUGGACGCGUUACCGGGCCCGGAAACGAGGCGAAACCUAACAGCGGCGACGAUUCUAGACGCGCAGGAGUUAGGUGCGCGUCAUCUGGACAUGUCCGCUCAUCUGGUUGGAAACAGCGUGCCUCGUGACUCGCCCGUGCUAAGAGUGCUCUUUCACGCCGGAAGCGAGGCAGGCGGAAGGCGUCAGUUGCUUCUCGCUCGACAUCAAAGAGUCUGUGUGGUCCUGCACGCGAGCUUGGCCGCUCCAUCGAGGAGCACUGCCAACAGGAACAACAACGGCAGACCCUAUUCCUCUUCCUCGUCUUCUUCUUCUUCCUCUUCCUCUUCCUCUUCCUCUUCCUCCUCGUACUCCUCUUCUUCCUCUUCCUCUAGUUCUUCGUCCGCUUCCGCGCUAACGGCAGCGUGCAGCCCCGAUGGAGAGAACGGAGUCUGUUUGGCGCAGAUCACCAUACCAGCCGAUUGGUGGGCACCGUUACCUCCUCCGGACGCUUCUGGCCGGGUCAAGGUCGCCAAGAGCCUGCCCAGGCUCGUGCAGGUAGCUUACUCCGUGCUCGAGCCACGAGCAGAGGAGGCUGGCUCGCCUGACAACGGGGCUGGCUUCUGCAGGCCCAGAGUUCAGAUUCAACCCGUCACGCCACUGGGUCAGGUACCUCUGGCUCCGAACCGGGCCGAUUACAAGGAGCUCAAGGCCGACGAUUCGCUGACACUCCUGGUGCCCCACGGGCCCCUUUAUCCGAGGUCUCGGUUACACGUUCCAGCGUUCCUGCAUCCGUCCAAGGUUACCGAUCCGAGACAGGAAAGGCCACCGAUCGUGAUCGCUGUGUAUCUCAGGGCCAGGGUGAAAUCUGGCGUGAAAAUCUUGGACGCCUCGUCCAGUAAUCCCGACUGGAUCGUCGACAGCAAGAUCAACGCGAAGAACACGAUCGCUACGUUCACUGCCAGGCGAAAGGAGAAUGCUUCGCGAUUACCAAGCGCAUCGGCAGAGGAAAUCCUGACGAUGCUUCUGGAGGCGAGCGAGGAGGGGGUGGAAGGGAAUUGGGAUGGUGGUCGAAUCGUGUGGAGCGUACGCUACGCUUUCGACAACGGCUCUCAGCUAAAUGGGAUGGAUCAACAGCGACUACAGCAGAGACAAAUGCAACACCAUCAUCAUCAUCACGCGGAGAGGCGAAAGCUACAGGUUCGCCUCGAAAUACAGAAAGACGACAUUCAGGCCGUGCUGCCUAUAUCCAAGAACUGGGAGGUGAUGAACACCGCGGUGUUGACGGGUCGCCAAGUGUCCCAGGGGAUGAAGGUCUUCAUCGUAAGCCAGGCCGGAACCGUCGCCGACGUUACGCUGCAAUCCUCCUGUCACUCGGAGGACGAGAGUGUGCUUAAGGUAUCAUCUUCUUGUAGCAGCGUGUACGUGGACGGCACGGAGAUACGUGGCUCCAGCAACGCGUCAGUUCUCGUUAAGUACGGUACUUACACAGGGCUGGCUAAAUUCACAGUUUGGAUGCCGGAAUUCCCUUUGGAGAUGACCGUGGCGGACACCAGAUUAAGUCAGAUUAAAGGCUGGAAAGUUCCCGAAGAACACGCUGUAGGGGCGAAAAGCAAGCGUAGUCUGAACUCCACCAAUUCACGUUCCAACGAAUCCAGCACGAAAACCAAAAAGAGGAGCGCCGCGGAGUUGGAGGACACUUCGAUGGACAUCGAAGACGCGGAUGUGAUUUUGGAAGAAGACGAGCAGGAGGAAAGAUUUCGAGGAACCGAUAACGGAUGGGAUACGAUCAAUUCUAUAGAUAGGGGAUCUUCUACCAAUUGCAGACUACGAUUCCAGCAGAGUCCUAUCGAAGUACACGCGAGAUUCCUGGCCACCGACCACGAUUCAGGAAGAGUCUCUUACUUCGUGAAUCGUCGUACCUGGCUACGAGUGACAGAUCUGGUGAACGGAAUGCUUCGAGUUUCUGAUCCCAGGAUCGCUGACCUGUUACAAGGGAGGAUCGUUCAAGGUCGUGGAGUGGGUAGAACGGAGGUGCAGGUUCUUUCGCCGAUUACGAGCAAAGUAAUCGGCGCGAAGGAAGUGCGAGUGGUUAACGACCGUGUGGCGGUCACCAGGUUGUCAGUUAGAGUGGUGUCUGGAUUACAACUCACUAUUAGUCCGGACACUGCUAUAGAAAAUGGAUAUGUCGCGGAGACGUCGGUGACGAGGAAGCUGACUGCUCAGUAUCAGGAGGGACUGCUGGAUAUAGACGUGGAAUUUUCUGACGGUACGAGAACACCGUUGAGAGAAAUCGCUGUGAACGAUUACCACUUGUUAGUGGAGAGUCUAGACCCGGAAGUGGUGGCAUUCGCUCCGAUGGUCGCUUCUCAUCAUCCUCGAGUGAUUGCGGUCGGCGAAGGGAGAGGCGAUUUGUUACGAGUCAGUCUUCAAUUGGCUGACGCCUGUCGUCUAACCGGCAGGAGGUCUGGAAAAGGAUCUCAAAGAGCGACCGCGGCAGCCCUUGCCAGCGCUUCCGCCAACGUUGAGGUGGACUUUGCCUCGAGCGAUCUUCCCAAUCGACCCGAGUUCGUACAGAAUGACGGAGGUGGAACGGUUGGCUCUCAUCAUCACAGAGAAAGGAAGACCAGCAGGGGAGAGAUGGCGCCUGAUUUGCACGACAUUCUCAUCGGGCUACCGCUGAAAGACGAGAACGGGCACGAGCACGAGCACAAGCACGAGCACGAACCUUUGGUGCAGGCACGGCAGCACCGCACGGCUAUAGCUAAUGGCAUGUCUUCAGGAGGAAUGGGCGGUGUUGGGAUACGGCAUCACGGAGUAAACCGUGUGAGCCCACUCGAGAUCGGAAUGUACGUCCUUCUGGCAGCCUUCUGUUUCGCCAUCGUCGUCUUCCUCAUCUCCUGCGUGGUCUACGCGAACAAGUUCAAACUGCAGCCGCCGGAUUCUCCGCUACCCGGGUCAGCGCUUCCGGUACUGUCAGGAGCAGCCAGGGCCAGAGCAGCCGCCAACCAGCUGGCAUCGGGAAGAAGACCUCCCAGAGAGUCUACCACGAACGCGCACGAUUGGGUCUGGCUGGGCAGAGCCACUCUCGAGAGAGCCGCUUGCGGACCGCAACAGGUAAGAGUGACUAGUAACCCUCUAGCUGGCGAAAACGAGGGAGAAGCGAGUGAAUUGGCAACUUGUUUCGACAAUCCAAACCACAUCGAGCUACCUUCGGCGGGACAGCGUAGCAAUGGAUCAGGGCCGAUAGAUACCACGACUUAUUGCAAGAGGGACAAACUGCCACGAAACAGUUUCGCGACGAAGCCCGUAAUGAAACCACCUACGGUGGUAUCAGGAACUACAAUCGCUACUUCGACAUCUAUGGCUACGUCCACCGUGGCAUCUGCACGAAACGACAACGAUGACGUCCCACCACCCUUACCACCGCACGGAAUCCCCGUAACCUCGGCGAUGGCUUCAACGACUGCAGCUGUUCCCGUCGGCGCAACGACCAACAACAACGGCAACGAGGACUACAAACCUCCCGUACCACCACACAGAAACACAGGAGUGAUCGUACGACUACCGGAAACACCUAGGAAACAUCGUCACAGAGCUUCGAGUAGCAGCGCGGGCGCUCAUCAUGGGAACAAUCAGCGGCACAGCAAGCAGAUUCACCAUAUCAAGCCACACGGUAAAGCUAGAGUAGGUAGUCCGAAAGAGAACGACGCGGAGGAAGAGGAGUUUGUGGAGCUAGUGACUCACGAUGACAACAGGCAUUCGAAGGACGCGAGAGCCAGAGAAGUGAAGAGGGCGACGAUCGUCGGUAAUCCAAUGUUCUCGUCGUUCUCGACGAACGCGAUCGCCUCGUCCAUGAACAUGUCCAGCCCGACCGUGGCCUCAUCGUCCUCGUCACCGCCUAACUCGUCGCCGUCCUCUACCGCUUCCUCUUCCUCGUCCUCUUCUUCGUCGUCCGCGUCUUCGUCCCACGAGCAAGAGGAAUCGGUGGCGUUGGACGACCUGAACCUGGGCAUGGACUACAACCAGAUCAUGCAGUACUUCGACAACUUGAAAGAGUCGAACGCCUAGGUGAUGGCGUUCGGCCUUGAAGAAGGCCGAGUAGUCAAGGUCGAUACGAAACCCCGGAACCCUCGUUGAGACUAAACGGCAUAGCCGGAUAACGAGCUCGGCCGCGUUCUCCGCUUCCUCUUUCGCCGCGUAGCACGUUCGCAAUGGAGAACCAAAAGGGCCGAGCU